AUGACAGGUGUUAGAGGACGAUAUCGUGCAAGAUGUAGUGGUUCUAGACCUAACUCGUCUGGGUCUACUACUACUUCCACCUCAUCUACUGCGGCACCACAUAUUUCGAGAGAUAUUUCACCAGCCUCCCUCCCAUCAGCAUCUCCUGUUGCUACUCCUACAAUUGCUUCUUCACCGACCCUUCCUGCAGAGUCACCAAAAAUUUUUCAGUGGGAUCCUACAAUUGAUGCAUUAGUGAGAAGAGAGUGGGCACAAAAAGCAGCGAAACGAUAUAUCGACAACAUUCGUAAGUGGCAUGCCAAUGGAAAAUUGAUCUUUGUGUCAGAUGAUGUUUGGGAUAGCUGGAUGCAGAAAUGGGAACAAGAUGAAGCUUUCAAGAAACGGUCUACACAAGCAUCGCUGAACCAUUUGAGUGAGACAUGUGGCCUUGGGGCUGGUCCUUCCCGUCAUACUGGGGGUUCUAUAUCUUCAGCAGAGCAUAAAAGACGAAUAGAAAUGUAUAGACAGUUGCUAGAGCAAGCAACUCAACCAAAUGAAGGGUCUGAGGAGCCUCAGCAGCCAGAUUGCGAUCAGAUAUUCAUCCAGGCUGCUGGGGGGAAAAAUAAGAAGAAGAGGAUUUACGGCACGGGAUCUUUAUCCCAAUCAAAAUUUUCUGACGUUGGCAGCUCAUCCUCUGUCUCAUCUGGUCUUAAUGAAAACCCAGUUAUACAAGAAAUGACAGAGAAAUUAAAAGUGCAGUUAGAGCAGAUAAAUUCGCAGGCGGAGCAGAUAAAUUCACAAGCAGAGCGGAUAAAUUCGCAGGCGGAGCAGAUUAAUUCGAUCGCAGGCUCAUGA